UCUGGUGCAGUGGUAUUAUCAUUACUCCUUCGCACGUACUUUCAAUGGGUGCUCUUUUUUUUACUUGGAAACAGUUCCUUCAAUACUGUCUAUCUACGGAGGUGGCACAACUCCGUUAUCUGGAGGAAUUGCAAUACCUGUGACUAAAAUAACAUUACAUCCUAAAAUAGUAUAUCAUUUUGGUACAUUCGAUUUCAAUUUGGUUGUUAUAUCUGUGCCAAUAAAUUCAUUCCAAGGUAAAACUAAUAUGGCUCCGAUUGCCCUUCAAACAACUGAAGUAUCACCCGGAUCUCGAUGCUAUGUCAUUGGAUUGGGUGAAACGAAGAUUGGUCGUCGAGAUGAGUUAAACGAAUUGCAUUACGGAUCCAUGAAUAUUGUGUCACAGAGUGCCUGCUCUCGUUCAUGGGCCUUUUACCAUAAGGAUUUAAUUACUUCCAACAUGAUCUGCGCUAAAUACUGUUUCGGAGUGGAUAUCUGUUAUGGGGAUCAGGGUGGUUCGCUCGUUUGCGAUGGAAAACUUACCGGAAUCAUUGCGUACACAGGAUACGGCUGUACUAGUGCUAGGCCAGCAGUAUUUACUAGGAUUAUGGCGCCUAGCAUGCGCAGUUUUAUUCGUAACGAAACUGGAAUCUAAUAAAUACUGAUAUUUAUCGGAAAUAAACUAACACUGU